GUACAUACAUCUUCUCAUACUUACACCUUCGCCUGGAUUUCUUGCUGUCUUUCAAAUCUUUCCCCUCUUUCUUCCCUUUCACAUGAUUCUCGCCCUGGUCUUAUAAGCUGCAGGCAUCGUGACUUUCUCUCAGUGACAACUCGGGGUUGCAAACCUAGAAGCCCAGUGAACCUCGGCGCGACUCUUCCGACUUUGACGCAACUUUCGGUCUCAGCUUCUCCGACGGACGUCUUCGCAACACUCCGUUCCUCGCUGCGAAGCAAUUUCCGCCUGGUCCAUGCUGCCGCGACCGAUUCGCCUCCUCGCAACCCUCAAGACGACACCCUCUACAGCCAGGCUCUUCUCGACGACGUCCAAGAUGCCUGUCCACCACCUCAUGAUCGGGACCUGGACCCCGCCGGGCGCCAUCUUCACCGUCGCCUUCGACGACGAGAAGCUCACCCUCGAGCUCGUCAAGCGCACCGAGAUUCCCAAGGACGAGCCCAUCUCGUGGAUGACCUUUAGCCACGAUAAGAAAAACCUCUACGGCGCCGCCAUGAAGAAGUGGUCCAGCUUUGCCGUCAAGAGCCCGACCGAGAUCGUUCACGAGGCAUCUCACGAUAUGACCCAUGAUCCAAACGCCGCCCUCUCGACGACAAACACCCGUGCAAUCUUCCUCCUUGCAGCCCAGAAACCCCCCUACGCCGUCUACUGCAACCCAUUCUACAAGCACGCCUCCCACGGCAACAUCUUCGCCGUCUCCCCCACCGGCGGCCUCCGCACCAACGUCCAGAACUACCCUUACGACCCCAACUCGGGCAUCCACGGCAUGGUCUUCGACCCGACCGAGACCUACCUCUACUCAGCCGAUCUCACCGCCAACAAGCUCUGGGUCCACAAGAAGCGGUCCCCGGACGCCCCCGAGCUUGACCUCGUAGGCUCCGUCGACGCCCCCGACCCGGGCGACCACCCACGCUGGGUCGCCAUCCAUCCCACGGGAAAGUAUCUCUACGCCCUCAUGGAGGCCGGAAACCGUCUCUCCGAAUACGUCGUCGACCCCUCCACCCGCCUUCCCGUCUACACCAAUCGCUCCUUCCCGCUCAUCCCGCCAGGCAUCCCCGGCGCCAAGACCAAGAUGUACCGCUCUGACGUCUGCGUCCUCUCCCAUAGUGGCAAGUAUCUCUUCGCCACGGCUCGUUCCAACAGCUUCGACGUCACGGGCUACAUCGCCGCCUUCAGGCUCGACGAAAACGGCCAUAUUGAGAGGCAGAUCUGCUUAAAUCCCACGCCUACCAGUGGAGGCCACAGCAACGCCGUCAGCCCGUGCGACUGGAGCGACGAGUGGCUUGCCAUCACCGACGACCAGGAGGGUUGGAUCGAGAUUUACCGCUGGCAGGACGAAUUCCUCGGCCGAGUGGCGAGAUUGCGUAUUCCUGAGCCCGGGUUCGGAAUGAACGCCAUUUGGUACGAUUAAAGAUGGGCGAAACGAGGUUAGGAUAUGAAAAAUGUCCCUAUCGCAUAAAGAUUUAGCAAAAUACAUAGAAUACAUAUACACUUGCAUCCU